AGUACUUUCGUAUAUAAUAGACGAUAACAUCAAACGAGUCUUAAGUUCUGCCCUUCACCUUCCUCAGAUUGGCUCUUACACAAAUUGCUAAAAUGUUCUCACCUCGCUGCUUCGCCCCACGGAUGCGGGCAACAGUGGUGCCCAGCUUCAAUCGACGUUUGUACAGUUCAACACCAAUGCUCAGUUAUCCAACAGCCCUACACCGAGCAGAGAGAGCAGCCGAUCUGAAGGCCCAUCCUGAAAGCGGAGUAUCGCAGGAGAAACUUCCUGAUAUUAAGCACAACCAUCAUUGGACCGAGGAGAAUGCUACGGCAAGCGAGGCAGAUAUCAGGGCAGAUCAUGAAGCAGAUCCGAUAGAAAAACCCAAGUCAGACACCAAGACACCCGACAAAUGACAUCUUUCGCCAUAUCUACGCCAGAAAAGCACACUUGUUUGAUGUUAUGCGCUGUCAAAGCAGGCCAAUGAUAUCGGGGCCUCAUUAACCCAGGGUUCGAAAUUUGGUAGGAUUGUCGAGGGAUAACUGCACUCUGAAGCCUGUGGUUAAUCCUGGGCGAACCUGAAUGGACCCUAAAAUCAUCAUGGAGAAGAGUAUCUUCAGACUGUCUGAAACUUAAGUAGACAUACUCUUUUGGUGACUAUGGUGUUCUUGGGGUGAUACGUAUAGUUUGAAUGUCACGAAUGUUUAAAGGGAGCACAUUCCUGGAGAUCGGAGAGAGUAUCAGCCAUUUGACUUGCAAAAAUUGUUAAAACGACAUAUGGUAGCCGACAUUCAUCCGAUUUUCAAUGAUACUAUUGACAGAAGUUUCCCAUUCGUGCCAGGAGCCUGGCCGUGAUGCGUUUCAAACAUGAAGCGAGACUAUAAAUAGAGGAAAGCCAGUACAAAGCCAUAUCACGUGACUGAUACGUGCUCAAACUCUUG